CCAGUCUACAAUGCUCCUAUUUUAGGCUGCCUUGCUCUCACGCACCUUUUUAGCCCUGCUCAGAAACUUUCUACAGGACUGAGAUGUUGUGUGAUAAGAACGUUUGAAAAGAAUAUAAGCAAAGGUGUAUAAGAUGGUGGUCAGACGAGCAAUGUUGUAUGCUUUAGAGACAGUGGUACUGAGGAAGCUGACGUUAGAUAUAUUGGGGACAAAGCCAGAGAGGCCAGACUGAGGUAGUUUGGACACACACACACAGAAGGAAUAGUGAGUACAUCGGUAGGAGGAUGCCGAGGCUGGAAAUGCCAGGCGGGCGGCCUAGAGGAAGAUCAAAGAGGAGAUUUAUGGACGGAGUCAAAGAGGACACGAAGGUGGCUGUUGUGAGAGAAGGAAGAUGCAGAAGGUAGAAUUAGAUGGAGACGGAUGAUUCGCUGCAGCGACCCCUGAAAGGAGUGGGUUUGUUUGGGUUGAAGAAAUGGAUGGCUGGGGGGGUGUGUCGCAGCAAAGCCCGGUUAGAUGGAAAGACCGUACUGAUCACCGGAGCCAACACCGGAAUCGGCAAAGAGACCGCCAUUGACCUAGCCAGGAGAGGUGCGAGGGUGAUUCUGGCCUGCAGAGACAUGGACAGAGCCAACAAAGCUGCGGAGGAAAUAAAGAAAAAAAGCGGGAACAAUAACGUGGUUGUCAAAAAGUUGGACUUGGCUUCUCUGCAGUCGGUGCGCCUCUUCGCCAAAGAUGUCGGCGCAAACGAAGAGCGGCUGGAUGUUCUCAUCAACAACGCAGGGGUUAUGUGCUGCCCACAAUGGAAGACAGAGGAUGGAUUUGACAUGCAGUUUGGCGUGAAUCAUCUGGGUCACUUCCUUCUAACCAACCUCCUGUUGGACCUCUUGAAGCAGUCGGCACCAAGCCGCAUCGUCAAUGUCUCCAGUUUGGCACAUGAAAGAGGUCAAAUCAACUUUGAUGAUAUAAAUCAAGAGAAAAAUUAUAAUCCUUGGAGAAGCUACUCUCAAAGUAAACUCGCCAACGUCCUGUUUACUAGGGAGCUGGCCAAAAGGUUGCAAGAUACCGGGGUGACAACAUACAGCCUCCACCCUGGAGUUAUUCGCACUGAGCUCGGCCGACACUUCUGGCCCACCAUAGCCUUGUGGAGGAGAGCGUUAUACACGCCUUUCAGCUUCUUCAUCAAGAAUCCCACAGAGGGAGCGCAGACCACCAUCUACUGUGCUGUGGAGGAAAGCCUGCAGAAGGAGAGUGGACUUUACUACAGCGACUGCGCCCGUAAAGCUACCGCCCCUCAGGGCCGCGAUGAUGAAGCUGCCAAGAAGCUGUGGGAUCUGAGUGCCUCCAUGGUGGGCCUAACACAGUCACAGUGACGCGCGCGACGGCGCCGACGGACCUCGUCGUCUUCACGGCACCAACGGGAUCGCAGAGCAACCCCGAUAGUGAACCCGGCACCCCUUCUGGCGAGCAUCGGUGUGACUUUUUCACAAAUGAGUUCACAAGCGACAGGAAUUUCACAUUUGAUAGACAUUUAUUCAGAAUGUACAACAAACUACUUGCAAAAAUACUAUCCAUUCGACUAUGUUGUAUUUUCUGUAUUUAAAAAGAAGCACUGCUUCACAGGUAGGUUACAUGGAAGCUGAACGAUCCUUAAACUGUCAUCAAAUGACAUUUCACCAGUGUCUGCAUCGACUGGGAGCUCAUAUGUUGUCCGCUUUUACAAGACGUGUGCUUUCAAAACACUCUUCUUUAACACUGCUAAUGGUAGCGCUUUUCAUUUUUAUUUUCUUUCUAAUGGCCGUUAAAGUGCCGUUGAACAUCACAGCCCAUUGCGUUGCCUGUGAGACAGGGUGUUGAUUAGCAUCAAGUUCACUCAUUCUGUGUCUUUAUUUUGCUUUAUGUUAAAUGAACAAUGUAGACAUUGUUAAAGGUUAGUUCACCACUUUUAAAGUGAGGUUCUGUUAACUAAUAAGCAGUAGAUAUCUUACCUACCUCUUCAUUUAGUCUAAAGUCAUAUCAGUGCUGAAUGCGUCUGAAUGCAAAUGCUAAUCUGGAUCUCUACUGAUCGAAGACAUCUAGACAGUUAAGAUAAUUACUUCACAAUCUCACUUCAGAAUUUCUGAACUAUCCUUUCAAGUUCAUGAACGUAAAUUAAACUGCCUUCAUAUAAUAAAUAUAUAAUCUGUU